AUGAAAGACAACAAAACAAUUUCUUGCUUUUCUUUCAUCAUAACUUUGCUUCUCCUUUUAAUAACUACGAUAAAUGCUUUAUUACCUGAUGAAACAAGAUUUAAUGAAUGUGAAGGAGGACCUUAUCCAAACACCAUUUCAAAUUUUCAAAUAAAUCCUGAACCGUUAGUAAUAGGACAAAGCGCAUCAUACACAUUUAAUGGAACGAGAAAUGUAGAAAUUCUUGAGGGUUCCAUAAUAGAAUUCUUAUUAAUUGAUGAAAAGAAUGAAAUAAUAUUUAAAAAGAUAGAAUAUAUUUGUUCAAUUGUGAAUGAAAAAUGUCCUUUACCAAUUGGAAAUUAUGAAUUUACUUAUGGGUUAAAUCUUAAUAUUCUUGAAGAAUCUGAAAAUGUUGAUAUGCCGCCAAAAACUUUUCUUCUUUAUUUUACAAUUAAGGAUCCGAAAGAAAUUAUUUUAUCAUGUAUACAAGGUCCUGUUGAAUUAUCUUAUGUUUUUACAGCUUCAUUAAAUGGUAAUAAGAAACGUUAUUUUCAUUGA